AUGAAUCGUAUCGAAGGCUCAUUAAAAGCGGAUAAAUUUGAUCAGUUGACGAUUUCGGAAGAAAUGGAGCUUUGCCAAGAAAGAAUGAACAGCCUGGAGACAAUGUGCAACUAUCUGACAAGCUCACUACAAUCCGUACAAGGCACCGAUUCUACAGAUUCACUGCCGGAUUUUAGAUCAGAGAUCACUCUCUAUGGAAAUGCAAUGGAACAGUUGAAACAAAAAUUUCAUGACAUCUACCGUAUUCCCACUCCACCUGGACCCGUUCAUCCACCCAAAGAACCGGAACAGAGCCCUCGUCGUCGUGUUGUCAAAACCCAGUCGACACCCACGCAAACGUGUAUCCCAAGGAAAUCCCAGAGCCUAGGAAGCCGACUCUAUCGAGCUGUGGCCGAAUCAACCGCUGUCAAACUCGGAGUCCUGCUUUCCAUCCUAUCACUCCUAGCCGUCCUUUUCUACACCGGCAUAUUGGGUGCAACAUUUGGCCCACAUCUCACCUAUGUGAAUGGGCCACCACCUACUUAA